UUAUUAUUUUUAUUUAUGGCUGAAAACAACGCUAAACGAACUUCUGGUGAAGGUGAAAGUCAACUUGAAUCAAAAGAGGCUCCAUAUGGUGCAGAAUAUGCCAAAAGUGGAAGAGCUACGUGUAAAGGAUGUAAAGAACCAAUUGAAAAGGGGGCAUUGAGAAUGUCUGUCCGUUUCCAAUCAAAAUUUUUUGACGGCUUUCAGGAUAAUUGGCACCAUUUUGAGUGUUUCUGGAAAAAGGCUCGUAAAAACGACAUUAAUGAAGUGUCAAUCCGUGGAUUAGAUUGGCUUAAAUGGGAAGAUCAAGAACUUAUUCGUCAACGCAUUAAUGAACUUGCAGCCUCCGGCGAUUCUGGCUACACACCUAAAACAGCAACAAUUAAAGUAGAACAUGCAAAAUCUGGCACAGGAAAAUGUUUUUCAUGCAAAGAGAAGAUUCCAAAGGAUGAACUUCGCAUUUCUGGCCGUUCUUCCUUUUAUCACGUUGAUUGUUUUCAUACAGCAAAUUCUGAUCAUAAAUUAUUUCAAAAAAGUGCAGAAGAAAUUGUUGGAUAUAACCAAUUGGAUGCUGAUGAAAAAUCAAAAUUGGAAAGACUUUUCCCAAAGCCUCAAUCUACCGGGCAAAAAAGAGAAUUUGAUAAUUCUGCUACCACUAGUGGAACUUCUAAUGAAACACCAGUGAUGAAGAAAGGAAAAACGGAAAAUGAUGAACUCAAGGCUGCUUUGAAGAAUCAAUCAGAUGUUUUAUGGAAAUUAAGAGAAGAAUUAAAGAAAAAUUUAAAUCAUGAGGAAAUGGAGGAACUUUUAGUUGCAAAUAAAAGCUACAAAUCAAAGAAAGGAGGUCCUGAAAGGAUGUUGGAUAAAUUGGUGGAUAUGAUUGCCUUUGGACCAGCACAACCAUGCCCUCAAUGCAACAAAACUUUGACUUAUUACACCGAUAUACAUGCCUAUCGUUGUUCUGGAAGUGUUACCGAAUAUACUCGCUGUCUUUAUACAACAAAGAAGCCUGGACGUACUCAAUUCCGCAUUCCAUCAGAUAUGAAAAAAGAAAAUAAAUAUUUGAAGAAAUUGAAAUCUCCUUUGCUUGAUGAGCGUGUUUAUCCAGCAGCUGCAUUUGAAGAAAAGCCUCUUAGCGGAUCUAAAGCAUUUGGUUAUCUCAAUUACGCUAGAAAUGAACAGGCAAAAUCUAAAGUAAAUGAAAAUAACAAUCAAAAAAUGGUCGUAAAAGGUGGAUAUGUUGUUGAUCCAAGAUGUGAUGUGGCAGAGACGACGCAUGUCUAUGUUGAUCCAAUUACAAAACAUCCGUGGCAAGUUAAUUUGUCAGCUGUUGACAUAACUACUGGAAAAAAUUCGUUUUACAAAUUGCAGAUAGUUAAAGACGAUAAAGGCUCAACAUUUUAUCUUUUCCGAGCUUGGGGAAGAGUAGGAACAACAAUUGGUGGGGUAAAAACUGAAGAUUAUGGAGAAGAUUUAGAAGCUUGUCAGAAGGAAUUUAAAUUUCAAUUCCAUGACAAAUGUUUUAAUACUUGGGAGGAUUAUGUUGAAGGAAAUUUUAAGAAAGCUCCGGCUGGAAUGGAUAUUUUGGAAAUGGACGAACAGAAAAAUGAUGAAAAAAAGACAAGAAAGCUUACAAUUAGCGUUGAAUCUUCUAAAUCAAAACUACCAAGAGAAAUAAAGGAGCUAAUUUCCUUGGUUUUUGACGUGAAAGCAAUGCAAAAUGCAAUGAUGGAAUUUGAGAUUGAUUUGGAAAAAAUGCCUUUGGGGCGCCUUUCAAAAAAUCACAUUCUUAAAGCUUACAAAGUUCUCAAAGAUUUGCAAUUUGCUUUGGAGAAACCAGAAGGUCCUUCAAAAAAUGAAGUUCUCGACUUUACAAAUCGUUUCUACACAUUAAUUCCUCAUGCGCUAGGAUUUGGCCCUCCUCCAUUUAUUAACAGUCACGAAAUUUUAAUUGUUUGGAAUCUUUUAUAUUUUUUUAAAUAAAUUUUUCAGUCAAA